CCCUUUGCUACAGGCCUCAUAAUAGCUGCGUCAGUCUUAGUUGCCGCUGGAAUCGCCAUCUACGAGAACCCACAAGUACGGCAAUGGGUCGACCAAUCUCGCCGCAAAAUCGCUGUUGCCCUGCACUCGCUCGGCGAUGACAUCCAGCCGCGUCGACAAAGCGAGUCUUCUGACGAUUUCGAAGAGAGGAAGAGGAGACGAGAAGAGCUUAUCAGGAGGAAUCGCAAUGAGCUGAUUCGGCGAGCUCGUGAGGAAGGCAUAGCAGUCGAUCUAGAUGAGCUAGCUAAGAUUGGCACUGAAGAUGCUGCACUCGCAGAGAAACGGUCGUGUGCCAACAGGUCGAAGAGCUUUGAUGAAUUAGUCGGCAGCGAUGGCAUGCUCAGACAGGGCGCAACGGCAACCGGCUCCGACACUACGAACACUGGGAUGAGGAAGCGAGGUGUAGCUGGCUUUGCAGCUGGCACAGCCACAGCAGCAACUACGUCAAACCCCUUCGCAGAUGAAAACGUCCUCUUCGAGGUCGGCGACGACGAUGACGCUCCCUCGCCCAAGCCCUUCAUCUAUGAGGAACACAUUCCACGCUCGCGUUCUGCCACAAUCGAAGCCGAGACACCACCCAUCGAGGCACCCCUUGAGCCAUCCCUCGCAGCACCCCUCCUCGAUCUGACUUCUGAACCCCAAUCCACAGAACAGGCCGCUCAGUCCUUCUACUCCUUCACCUCCUCGAACGACCGCGACGACGACUUCGAAGAAAUGUCCGCCGGAACCCUCACGCCUCGCUCCGAGCGCUCAGCUGCAACUGGCGCAUCCAUCGUGCCCAGCCACGCCGACGAUAUUGCGGUGUUGAGCAUGCAGAACGAUGCAGACCACGACGCGAGGUCAGAGGUGUUGUCCGAGAGUGGCUUCACUGAUGCUGGAUACAGCGACUUCGAACUCGGAGACAGGACUGGCGUCAUGACGCCUAACUCGUGGACAGACGUUGGCAGCGACAAUGAGAGUGAGUGGGGUGGACCUCAAGGCAACGGGCAUGUGAGCCAGAUCCAUCAGUAG